UUUAUAAAAAAUAUUAAUCAUCUCUUGACAUCGCCAAAGCGAUAUUUAGUUUAGUUAACUUUAGUUAGCUUAGCUUUUGACACUCAUUAUAAUAAGACUGAUUCAGUUGUUCUUAGAAAUUUGUCUCCUUGUAAGCGUCAAAGCAGACUUUUCGUAAUAAUUUGGACUAUUGUUAUAAUUUUAUUUAUUAAUUUGGACAAAUUAAUUGUUAACGGUAUUUAGUUGCAUCGAUAAAAUAUUAAUAUAAUGACACUAAAAUACAAAUAAAAACUUUUAUUAAAAUUGACAAAUGUCUAAAAAUCACUUGACACGGUGGCCAUUGUCUACGUAGAGUAACUAACUGUGCGGUACGCUGCAACUUGCACAACAUCUGAACAAGUCGUUCAAAAGGUUAUACUUUUUAAUAAACAUUUUCGAGAUCAGAUAACAGUGUCGCACCGAAAAUGCACUCCAACUCGUGCCACCACAAAGUGUGCCUCUCGGGACACUCGCUAAUCUGAUAACGGACACCAGUGCUUUCGGUCCAGGGUCAGUGCUUCAUCACUGGUCAGUGUCGACUGCAACAGCAACUGUGUGCAUAGUCGAGAACAAUUCUUGGGUCUCCGUAAUAAAUAAUGAAGUUUUAAGUUUAUUAAAUUUGCACUUUAAUCCGUUCGUUGCUUACGACCAGGAAGUCAUAAAAGAGUAACUACAUAAUUGUUAAAUACAUUUGAUACAGUUAUAAUCAAAAUGGUUCAGUUUUCUGAAUUCAAUACGCAUUUUCUAAACAAAUAUAUACGCUUACUUUUAUACCAUGUUAUCGUGGCUUAAUAAAUUGAAAGACGAUACAGAAUCUGAAAAGAGCGAUGAAACACCAGCAGAUAAUUACUUAUUUGUGGCAUUAAUUGACGUAGUAUUCACAGAUGGCUCAAAGAGGACAUGCACGGGGACCAUUAUUCACGAUAACGUCGUUAUCACCGCCGCACACUGCUUCUCAAUAGAUGAUAGCAUGCAACCAGAGUUGACCGCGUCAUUUGUCGUGAUAGGUACAAAGAAAAUGUUUGAAACUGGCUACGAACAGUACUUACCCAUUGAAAGAAUUAUAACCCAUCCAAAAUAUAUAGGUUGGACGGCGGACCUUGCUUUAGUAUUUACAUUUGCUGGUAUGAUGUCCGAUAAACCUGGUCGGGUUGUACGAUUAGCUAGUGAAAAAACAAAUACAGAUUCUGAAGUCACUGUUUUUAGUUGGGGACAAUGUAAGGAUGACAAGGGUUGGGGGACGGAUCGCCCUGAAACUGUAACUAAAACUGAAACGCCUUACGAAGCGUCUUUGUCCGAUGAUGAGAAAUUGGAUGACGUGAACAAUCAGAAAGAAACUGAGAAAAAACAUAAAGUAACUUCAAUUAAUGAAGACGAUCAAUAUAUGGAUGCAAAAAGCUCGCGACAUUUACCAAAAUAUUCUCAAGAUCAUAAUAUUGGACUUAGACAGCAGAAGAAAAAACGAAAAUUUAGCAUAAAAAAACGAAAACCACGAAAGAAAGAAGUACCAAUAACUGUAGCGCGAGCAUUUACAACAAGAAUAACAUUACAUAAAAGUGUUUCAUCUGUUGAAGAAAAUCGUAAUCGACAUCGUAAACAAACUUAUAACAAUGUACCAGAAUUUGAGAGCAAGGAAUAUCAAAUUAGUAGAGAAAAGCAAACUCGUAAUCGACAUCGUAAACAAACUUAUAACAAUGUACCAGAAUUUGAGAGCAAGGAAUAUCAAAUUAGUAGAGAAAAGCAAACUCGUAAUCGACAUCGUAAACAAACUUAUAACAAUGUACCAGAAUUUGAGAGCAAGGAAUAUCAAAUUAGUAGAGAAAAGCAAACUAAAUAUCCCUACAAUGCUUAUAAAAAGUCAGCCGUUGCCGAUAAAAGGAUGCAUCGUCGAAGGGCUUAUAGCAUGAAAUAUUACUACAGAGAUAAUUGGCAUAGAAAAAUGGGUGAUCAAAAAAAUAAAUUAACAGUUGAUGUUUUCUCAUUCGUAAACACGCAAACGUGUAAUAAACUAGUUGAAAAGUCGAUGCCGUCUAUUUACAAAAUAAAAAAUCAUAACCAAGUCCUCUGCUAUUCAAGUGAAGACCACUAUAUAGAUGAGGAAGAUUCAGGAGCACCAGCAAUGCGACAAGGCCGCCUAGUCGCAGUCACGGUAGGAGGAAUUGACCUUGAUGGAGCCCGAGUAGCAAUUGGAAUGAGGAUAAUAUGUUUUUGUUCGUGGAUAGCUGAAAAUCUACCAAAGGGCGGUAACCGAAUUCAGUGUUGUAAGAAUUGCUGUGAAGUAAAAGAUAAUGAACAUCGAGAAAUGAAAGAUAAUCUUAGAUAUGUAUAUAGAAUGAAACCUCGGGAAUCAAAACCUAUAGCGUACUUCCGGUUGACAUAG